CUGUUUGGGAUUUAAUGGCGGGAUGCAGGGGUUGCGAUUGAUUCUCCUGUCAACGCACCUCUUGCUAAUUCUACGUUUAACAGCUUUAGCUUGAAUUUCUCAGGUUUGGUUCAAGUCAGCGACUAAUCAGAAAGUGCCAGUCUCUACGGUCCAACUCAAGCUAGGAAGUAGCCACCCUGCUUUGCGAGCGGAAACUUAGGCGUAAAAGGUCAUAGAAAGUUUUAUGGAGAAAUCACUGGUAAACGAUAACCCGUUGCUUGUACCUCUCAACAAGCAGCAGACAGUCUACGAUGGAUUUAUCACUGUUCAGGAAAGAGACUUCAGGAUGAGAAUAGUUCUCCCACCAGAUCGACAGCUCAAGGAGGCCAAGCUGCACUGCUGCUGGCAGUUGAAGCACCUGUUGCGUGGAUAUGAGCGCAUAGUGAAGCAGAGGCUGCAGCAGUCGGCUGAUCUUGUCGGUUUCAUUCUGGAGCUGAAGACUGUCUUGGAAGUGGUGCUGAAGAGCCGCCCCGAGUGCCGCUCCAUCCCGCCUCCGCAGUAUUACUCUCAGCUCAUCUCUGAGAUGGAGACCCUCGGGUGGGACAAGUAA